AAGAUGACACAGUCAGGGGUUAGUAUCUUACAAACGUGGCCGAUCCACCUCAUGUAACAUUAGUCCAGCUUUGGAAUCUUCACCCGCCAAAAAGCGCAUCAUCACAAGCCGCGUCCUCGCCUUGACAACCGGCCUGCAUCAGAGUCAUUCCCCGGUGUUUAUUUUUAGAAGCUCUCGGCCGCUGCGUGAUCCUCUCCUUCAACACACAGCCCAUGCUCCUCCGGUCAAUAAUUCAUAUGUAGUAAGCCUGCAGCAAAGAGUCAGAGAGCAGACUGCUACAACUACGAACCACUGCCAAAGGGUGCAUCAUCGGACCAACCAUGCACCCCAAAACUAUGAAGCAGCGAAAUACACGGCACAAGGGCACCCAACAAGCCACAACUGUGAGGAAGCAAUCCAUCUCUCAGAAGGGGCAAACACAGGUCCCUAUGACCACAGAGUACCAGGAGAGGUACUGUCCCCCACGCUGCCACACCGCUGUCCCAAACGCAAAAAAGAAAGAUCCUGAACCUCCACCGAAGGCGUCGGGUGCCGAGGUGACCACGAUCAAAUCAUACUAUGUGACCCAAAACUGGAUAAAGAACCCGCCAAAGCCCCCACAGCAAUCCAUGUCACCCAAACGACCCCAGAGAUGUAGUAGUGCAUCUUCAAUGGAGGACUACACAUCAAUGUACAAAAAACAUUUCCAAGCAUGGAAAGCAAACAGGCGCCUUCCAUUAAAGCUUAGUGACAGUUUAAAAGUCAGUUGUGGAUUGGUCGUCCCGCAAGCAAGUCACUCCCAGAAAGGUUCUGUUGCGGCUAACUCUGUCCCACAGGAGGAAAAACCAGAACCUAUUGAAAGCAUCACCAGCUACAGAUCUGAAUACAUCUCCCAUCCAGUGCAGCCCCGGAGACUCAAGGAGAAGCCGGUGUACCAGCCCAUCAGAUGUCUGCCAUGGGCUGCUUUGCCCCCAAAGCCCCCAAAGCCCCCAAAAGCAGCUUUGGACAUAAACCAAAAGUUUUUUGACCAUGCCAAUGAAUUCUUGGAGCAAUUCAAGACCUGGUCCCUUGAAACCAAGUUUUGUGGCCAAGGCAAAUCCAAAGACUCCAGUGUACCAUCAGAUCGCGAGUUUGUCUUCACAUCACGUACAGAGCAUAAAGCAGACGAGCCGCAGCAGACCAAACCAAUCCUGCCAUCGGUGCAAACCAGUGAGAAAAGCAAGGCGCCCAUUCAGAUGACUACGAUGAAGGAGUGUUACAAAGCUUGGGACACACCCAGACGCUUCCCCAGUGUCAAGAAAACCACAGUAUCAGUGGGCACGCCUAAGCCUGCCGAGAGCUCUCCCAAACCCAAUGAGACUGCAGUCUGUGAUAACACAGACGCUCCUGAAAACACUCCUGCUGAGCACGGAGUAUUUUCCGGCUUUGAAUCCAUCUCAAACGGGGCUGAAGAAUGCAGGAGGUUCUGGACCACCUCUCUGGACACAGGAGCGACUUGGCCCGAUGGUGACAUAUUUGAGGAGCCAUCUUAGGGCCAACAAAUCAUCAGCUGAAUGGUUUCUAGAAGUUAAAGGUUUCCUGGAGACCAGACUGAUGAUGAGAUGUGGUGCUGCCACAUUUACACCAAUAAAAAGCCAUAAAUAGAACUGA